GUUCAUACAGACAAUAUUCCAAAAGCGACUGUAAGCUGCUAUGUGAACGGGACAUUUCGAGACUCACACCUUUUCAUCUGGUCUCCAAGGGAAUACAACAUCCAACCUCAAACUUCUGACCUCUCAUUCCUGUAGGAACUACGAAUACGGAUAUGGCCGGAGAAGCCGAUUUGGAUGAUUUGGAAACGGUGGAAUAUUUGGAGGAUAUGGAGGAUAUGGAAGAUAUAGAGGCUUCGAAAGCCAUUGAAGCUCUUGAAUCUGCUCCACCCUACCCAGGCCAUCCAGCAGACUAUGCAGGAAAAGACAUGACCCACAACCCAGGAUACAAUCCAUAUCCCAAUAUUAAUAUAGCAUACAGCUCGUACCCAGAGCCAGGAGUUAAUCCAAACUAUCAGAGAGCUCCAAACCAAGGGAUGUAUCCUCAAGUUAACAGUCCAAACCCUGGGAUGUAUCCUCAAGUGCCAAGUCCAAACCCUGGGAUGUAUCCUCAAACAACCACCGUAACAACCACAGUGAUGCUCCCCAGCCUGCGUGAUUUACCCGCACAAACCAUGUGCCCUCACUGUAAGCACCAAGUGAUCACUAUAACAGAUCACUACUCUGGACUCAUGGCCUGGCUGGCCUGCGGCUGUCUUGCCCUCAUUGGGUGCUGGCCGUGCUGUCUAGCACCUUUCUGGAUGGACUCAUGUAAAGAUGUUGAGCAUCGCUGCCCAAACUGCAACAACAUCUUGUCUUUCUACAAGCGCCUGUGAUCUGGAUUCAAACAUGUCCCAUUUUAAUGGGUAUAAGAUGAAGGAAUGUGUCUGAAUUUCAUUUCACAGUACACUUAACCUAUGCAACGUUAAACUCCAACACAGGUUUGUAAGAAAAGUGAUUUCAAAUAAUUACCUUCAUCAAUUAACUGAAUGUAACAAUUAUGACACAGGUAGUAAGACUAUAUGGUAAGUGUUUACAUUGUAUGAAAUAUUUAUUUAAAUACGUACGAAUAUAAAUACUGUAUGAAAUAGAACUGAACACUCAACUCUGGCUGUAAAUGUAGAUCACAGCUAUGUCUCAGAGUCUGAAGAUUGUAUUGUAACUUAAGUAUGAGCUUUUAUAGCAAAUAAGUAAACUAACAUAGCUUUGAUGUCAAUGUUGUUAAUAUAAGUUAAAAUUUUAACAUUUAUAUGCUCAUAAUGUAAUAUAUUGCUAUGGCACGCAACUCUACUGUAAUCUUCAUCUCUAAGCCUCAACAUUUCAUUAUAAUCCUCUUUUAAAUUAAGGGUUUUAGGGUUAACAAUUAUUAUUGUCAUUAAAUGAACCUUAUUAGAUGGUUUAAAGAAAUCAAACUAAUGAAGUAAAUCGUUCCUAAAAUUGAAUUAGUGAACCUUACUGAAGUUAACAGCUCAACAGUCGUUUUGAUUCUGACCAGUUAUCUGUUGUUCAAUUUCCUGUAAUUUCAGCUCUUUUCACAAGAGAGAUUUACGGGACAGCCUUAGUGAAUACUUUGAUCACAUUCACAAAUAAAAUAAUAAAUGUUUCUUGAUUUCAAGAGGCAAAAGAAACUGAAAUGCUCUGUAUAAAAAAACAAGGCUGUGUGAAAUUGCAUAACAACUGUUUCAUGUACAUGGAUUCAUGUAAACUUUAAUCUAAUUUGUACAUCAUUUGCUCUGUAAACCAUAUGACCAGUAAGAAUAAUUUGUCAGCAGUGUAGUAUCUAAAAUCA